AUGAUAUGUGAUACAGUCUCCUCCAGUGUAAAUGCUUUGGCUGCAGUAACUAUUGCAGAUCUGAUACGGCCAUACCUCAGUCUGUCAGAACAGCAGCUGUCCUGGGCUUCAAAGGGCAUGAGUUUGUUUUAUGGUGCCGUGUGCAUCAGAAUGGCUGGUGUUGCAUCUUUAAUGGGAGGGAUGCUACAGGCUGCUAUUAGUAUCGCAGGAGUGGUUGGCGGACCUCUACUUGGCCUUUUUUCUCUUGGCAUUCUGUUUCCUUGCGCUAAUGCAAAGGGAGGUUUAGCAGGGUUGAUAUCCGGUUUGGUGCUGUCACUGUGGGUGUGCAUCAGGGCACAGAUAUACCCUCCACGACCAGAGAACAGCAGACCGUUGGCUCUGGUGACACACAGCUGUAAAUUCUCAGGCAGCACUAACUGGACUGCAAACACAGAGGAAAAUCUAGAAAGGUGGGUUUGCGGAAAUCAGUUGAAUCAAAAUCUAUUGGCUGGUACAUAAACAGGAUC